AUGGCUUAUAACACCUCGACAGGCGACCUCUUUGAAGGCCAUCUGCCUCUAUACAAAGAAAGUACAAAAAACGCAUGCGAGUUGUUUCCACAAGCUAAUACUAUUCCUUCGACAAGCUUAACCCAACCGGAGUUACCAGCCGCCACAUUGAAUCAGACCUUGCCAUCGAUUAUCGUAUCACAACCACUGAGCUUCCAGGAUUUUCCUCAACUCGAUACCAGUGCUUCAUUUAACCACGAUAUUGCUUUCGAUCAACCCCCCGUUUACGGCUUAGAAAACUAUGGCUUCAUAAACCUGAGCGAUAUGCACCCCCAUGAUAAUCUUUGCGAUAUGUCUGUCCGCGAUCCAUUUCACUUUCCAGCUCAGUGGCCGGUGUCUAAUGCAAAGAUUCCUGCUUCGUGCGACAACGAUUUCGUUUCCAACCAGCUGUUGGAUCUCGACACUACCCUUCAGGGGCUGCCCACACCUGUAGUCCUCGAACCUUCUAUACUCUCUAUUCUAAACAAUACGUUUGUUGAUAAGUUCACUCCCAGUCAGAAGGUGGCCCUCAAGCCCCUGGCUCCCAACAGGCAAACUUGUACCGCCACAAACAAGUCGGAAAGUUAUAUCCCUUAUGGGGACAACUCUCACUCUCCGUUAUUACCCAAACCUUCCCUAUCAUCCAGCUCCAUGCCACCCCCGGCACUUCCCAAAGAUCUGAAACGCAAGAGAUUCUGCGUGGAUAUGCCAGAAUCGGUACCCAAGCACAUGAAGCCCGCCAGCGGUUUGCGUCCCACUCGUUCUAUUGGCAGUUCCUCGGCCAAAAGCUCUGGCUCCGCAAACGAACCGUCUUCCGGAUCCAGUAGCCUGGUUUUAGAUUGUGAUGAGCUAGUCAUCCCUCUUAACAAUCGCUAUGGGUCAUUGAUAGGCUUAGGAGAGCGCUACUAUACUCUGUCAAAGAUCAACAAGGCUAAAAAUGCUCGACCAAUUGCCAAGAAGAAUAAGUCACUUAAGAACUUUGCUUGCAAGUACAUUGGCCCUGAGUUGGGUGAUGUUUGCUUUAUGUUAGGCUCAAAUCAAGAUCCCGAGUGGCUGAUGGAGAUAACUCAAAACAAGCGUAAAAGCAUGGGGUUCUUCCCUAGAAAUGAGGCAGAAUGGCUUCGUCACUUGGCCAUGCAUCGACAUGAUGAAUGGAUCAAAUCACUACGUAACUGGGACUCUAUGGGGAGCAAUGCGACUGAGUGGGAUGACGAGCGGAUUGAUGAGCAGAUUAUGAAAGAUAUUGAAGAGCCGGAAGCUCAGGUGUGGUACCGGAGUGAAAAAAGGAACCGGAAUGAGGAGGUGAUGAUAGAGUGGCUGAAGGCCAGUAGGAAGCCCAACAAGUACAACCGAAAACGGAGGAAUUAA